AUGGAAGCUGAGGAAACGAUGGAAUGUAUUCAGGAAUUUCCCGAGCACUAUAAAGUCAUUUUGGACAGGCUGAAUGAACAGCGUGAGCAGGACCAGUUUACAGACAUCACUCUGAUUGUUGAUGGUCACCAUUUCAAAGCUCAUAAGGCUGUUCUUGCUGCCUGUAGCCAGUUCUUCCACAAAUUCUUCCAAGAUUUCACUCAAGAGCCUUUGGUGGAGAUUGAAGGUGUCAGUAACAUGGCAUUUCGUCACCUAAUCGAGUUCACCUAUACAGCAAAACUAAUGGUCCAAGGUGAGGAAGAAGCAAAUGAUGUCUGGAAAGCAGCUGAGUAUCUACAGAUGCUAGAAGCAAUCAAAGCACUUGAGACCAGGAACAAAGAAAAUUCAUCUCCCUUAGAAUCAAAUGAAACACAAGAUAAAAAUAAACCGAAAAAGAGGAAGAUUGCUGAAACCUCUAACGUUAUCACAGAAACACUGCCAUCUGCGGAAUCAGAGCCUGUUGAAAUUGAGGUUGAGGUUGCUGAAGGGACGAUUGAAGUGGAAGAUGAUGGCACUGAAACACUUGAGAUAGCAUCUGCAGAGCAAUCCAUAAAGUACAUACAGACAACAGGUACAUCAGAUGAAUCUGCGUUGGCCCUUUUGGCAGAUAUCACCAGCAAGUAUCGUCAGGGAGAGAGAAAAUGCCAGAUCAAGGAAGAAGGUGAUAGUGCAACUGAUCCUUCAUGCAAACAGGUAGAAGGUAUUGAAAUUGUGGAACUACAGCUGUCACACAUGAACAAUUUAUUCCACUGUGAGAAAUGUAACCGUUCAUUUAAAUUGUUUUACCAUUUUAAGGAACACAUGAAAACACACUCUGCUGAGAGUUACAAGUGUGACAUGUGCAAUAAAAGAUACCUGCGAGAGAGUGCUUUGAAACAGCACCUCACCUGUUACCACCUUGAUGAAGGUGGUGCCAGCAAGAAGCAAAGACCUGGCAAGAAAAUACAUGUGUGCCAGUACUGUGAUAAGCAGUUUGACCACUUUGGCCAUUUUAAAGAGCACCUCCGGAAGCACACAGGUGAAAAACCAUUUGAAUGUCCAAACUGCCAUGAGCGUUUUGCUAGGAAUAGCACACUCAAAUGUCACCUGACAGCCUGUCAGUCUGGAGCUGGAGCUAAAAAGGGAAGAAAGAAGCUGUAUGAGUGUCAGGUCUGUAACAGCGUGUUUAACAGCUGGGAUCAAUUCAAAGAUCACUUGGUAAUACACACUGGUGACAAACCCAACCACUGUACCUUAUGUGAUUUGUGGUUUAUGCAAGGUAGUGAGCUGAGAAGGCAUCUCAAAGAAACACACAAUAUUUCAGAACGAAUAGUGACAGAAGAGUUUCUUCCAGUGGAAGCUAUGGAAGCUGAACCUGUAACAUCAAUGACGAUAAUAGAACAAGUGGAGCAAGUCCAUGUCCUGCCAGUAAUUCAGGUACAAGUGGAUCCUGCUCAGGUAACUGUGGAACAGAUGCACCAGGAUCUCAUACAGGACAAUCAAGUGAAAGGCACACAGAUGGAGGAACUGCAAGAACAGGUGCAAAUCAGCUACUUGGAAGUCGAACAUAUUCAGACUGAACAAGGCGCUGAAGUUCAUGUGGAGCAGUUGCAUGUUGAGCAUGUAAAUCAAAUACAAAUGGAAGAGGUACAGGCAGAACUUAUAGAUGGAACAGACCUUGAACAUGUAGAGUAUCAAAGUGUUAACCAAGGAGAAGUGGAAGAAAAGAAGUCUAAUCAAAUAGAUGAUGCAGAUAAGGAACACCAUGAACAAGCUGAAGACUUAAAACCACAACAACUAGUGGAGUCUCAGAAUGAAAACAUGGGUGACUAGGAUGAAAACCAACACUGCAGGUUUUGGAAUGAAAUACCAA